UAUCCUUCUACAAACUGGGGUGCCCAUGGGACCCUCUCCAAGUUACAAUCCCAUGCUUUAUACACCUACUCAAAACUUACCCACCAAAUCAACGUGGGAUAAGCUUUAAACCAAACAUUUAGGAAAUUUCACCAAAAACACUAUUUCCAUGGAGCUCACUUUGGCUUCAAUUUCUCAUUCACCCGAUAAUGGUUUUGAGCAACCAAAUAUACUGCGUGAAUCACAACGCGGUAUAGAACGCAUUAUCACUUAGACCCGCCAACUUUGGCGUAUGGAUCCCACCUAAAAAAUAGACCAAAGUUAAGGAAAAAUCAUAUUUUCUAACAAACAAUCUGUGCUGCAGUAGAUACAAUCGGUGCCAAUCAAACCAUUAGAGAUGGGGAGACUUUAGUUUCAGCCGGAGGAAGCUUUGAACUCGGAUUUUUCAGCCCCGGCAGUGGUAGGUCCAGAAAGAGAUACUUGGGAAUAUGGUACAAGGACACAGCUACUGGGACUGUGGUAUGGGUUGCCAACAGAGAUUUCCCACUCAAUGACACAUCCGGUCUUCUGAAACUAACCGAUCAAGGAAUUCUCGUUCUUUUAAAUAGCACAGAGGGGGUCGUUUGGUCUUCCAAUUCAUCAAGAUUUACAAACAGUCCACUAGCACAACUUUUGGAGUCUGGAAAUCUUGUUGUCAACGACGGGAAUGGAAAUAAUAUGGAGAGCUUUUUGUGGCAGAGUUUUGAUUAUCCAUCUGAUACACUUUUAGAGGGCAUGAAGUUUGGGAUGAACAUGAUGACUGGGCUGGACUGGUACCUGUCAUCCUGGAAGAGCAGUGAUGAUCCAGCGUGAGGUGAUUUUACAUACGGACUUGAUCCAGGUGGAUACCCACAAUUUGUCAUAAAGAAUGGUUCAGUUGAAAAAAUCUGGCUUGGACCGUAGAAUGGUCUUCGGUUCAGUGGAGUGUCGAAUUUGAAGCAGAACUCAAUUUUUACAUUCGAGUUUGUGUUUAAACAGGUGGAGAUUUAUUACCGAUGUGAGCAGAUAAACAGCUCGGUUGUUACAAGGCUAGCUAGUGUUGAAUCCGAAUGGGGUCAUCCAGCGGUUUUUGUGGAUCAAUCGAACUCAUGGCUGGAUUGUGUACACAACUCCACAGACAGACAACUGUGAUUUUUAUGCAUUGUGCGGUGCAUUUGGAAGUUGUAAUAUUGACAGUUCCACCAUGUGCCAGUGCUUGCAAGGAUUUGAGCCCAAAUACCUACGCGAAUGGGAUGUGGCAGACUGGUCUAAUGGGUGCGUUCGCAGGACUCAGUUGGGUUGUGGGGUUUCAAAUGGUUUUCUUCAAUAUUCCAAUGUUAAAUUGCCAGAUAUGCGGUAUUGUUGGUUUAAUGAGAGCAUGACACUUGAUGAAUGUCGGAUUGGAUGCUUGAAGAAUUGCAGUUGCACAGCUUAUGCAAAUAUGGAUAUCAGGGGAGGAGGAAGUGGAUGCUUUUUAUGGUUUGGUGACUUGAUUGAUAUAAGAACGUAUAGCACAAAUGGGCAAGAUGUUUAUGUAAAGGUAGCUGCUUCAGAAUUAGGUCGAAUUGGCGCCAAAAAGCUUAGGCGGAGGACCAUAGCAAUCAGCUUGGCAUUAUUAGCAGGAGUGUUUCUGACAGGUCUUAGCCUGACCAUUUACCUUUGGAAAAAGAAGCAGAAGCAGCAGCAGCAUCAAAUUAGCGAAGGUAAGUCAAAUGAGUCAUUAGAACUUAAAAUGCCAGCAAAACCAAUGAAAGCCAAAAGCAAAGAUCUAGAGUUGCGGCAGUUUGACUUUGCUACCAUAACUUAUGCUACCGAUAACUUCUCAAUUAACAAUAAACUUGGAGAGGGCGGUUUUGGACUAGUUUUUAAGGUAACAAUUAGACAUAUUUCUAGCUAUGCAGUUUCUUUGAUAGUAGUUGAUGGCCUAACUUCUCAAUUAACAAUAAACUUGGAGAGGACGAUUUUGGACCAGUUUUUAAGGUAAC